GGGAUGUGGGGGGGGGGCACCCCUCCAGUGCGGCGGUGAGAGCGCUGUGGGGCAGCCAUGCACACGGACGCGUCCGAGGCGGUCCGCGGCCUCAUCAAGAAGAAGGACGACGUGGAGGCGCAGAUCAAGGCCCUCCACGAAGUCCUCGAGUCGCAGGGCAAUGUGGGGAUGAAGGGGGAGCUUGUGGAUGCCGAAGGCUUUCCACGCAACGACAUCGAUGUCUUCCAGGUCCGCACGACGAGGCACAGCAUCAUAUGCCUACAGAACGACCACAAGGCGCUGAUGGCCGACAUUGAGGAGGCGCUGCACAAGUUGCACGCUCACCAGCGCAAGAAGCACGAGAGGGACUGCAUGGAGACGCAGGCCGCAGCGGCCCCAGCUGUGGCCUUCGCCCGCGUUGACACCGUCUCUCCCGGCUCGCCGGCCAGCAUGGCUGGCUUGCUGCCGGGGGAUGAAGUCGUCACGUUUGGCUCCGUGACCCCGCAGAACUUCCAGAACCUGCAGAACAUCGCCACAGUCGUGCAGCACAGCGAGGGGAAGCCACUCAGGGUGUCAGUGCUGCGAGGCGGCAGCUUGGUCACCUUGACCCUGACCCCGCAGCGUUGGAGUGGACGGGGCCUGCUGGGCUGCAACAUUCUUCCCAUGGCACGGUGAUAAUUUUGACAGAUUUAUUUUUUUGCUGCAGGAUGGAAUAUAUGCACAAAUAUGGGAUUGCUUUUUUCCAAGGUGUAACAAAAAGUUCUGUAAUGUAUUGAAAUAGUUUAAAGUGUGGUAUCAAAUAUUUACUAUGUGCAUAUAACUUCAACACGGACGUGUCUCGUGCUCUUCACAGUGUGGAAAUAUUGUCUAAUAAAUGCUUCAAUUACUUUAA